CAAUAACCACAAGAGGAGACGAAGCCCGGUUUUCAACUCGACUUCAUCAUCAACUCCCGCAUUAUAUUCACUUUCAGCUGUAGGUUUCGUAUACAACUGAUUCGGCCACCUUAUUCUAACAGUUAAACAAAUCAUGUACCAUCAAAACUGUCCCGACCGAAUGUCUCUCCCGUGGCAGAGCUGCCUGACCACGGUGUCUGAGCGCCUCGUUGCACUACUGACUUCGGGGAUGCGAUCAGACGUCACACUUCACCUUGAAGGACGCACGCUCAAGGCGCACCGUCUGAUCCUUGCCAUGAACUCCCCGGUGUUUGACAAACUGCUGUAUGGCAACGAAGACCGUCAGCCGUGCAUGCUCCCCAUCGAGUACCCGUUGCAAGACGAUCCGCCUGAGGCAUUCACAUGGAUGCUGGAGUACAUGUACCGCGGCAAUCCCGACCUCCCUAGCGUGCCCAUGGCGCUGGAGGUCAGCGUUCUCGCCACCAAGUACCAGAUGGGGGCGCUCAAGUCGGCUUGCUCCGAAUACCUCAAACAGCACCUGAAUGAUGUUAACGUUUUAAAAGUCUAUGAUGCCGCCGUUCAACUUGAAAAUGCCGACCUCGUACACAGAUGCCUUCAGAUGGCUAGAAAUACUACGGAGGACGUGUUUUCCACGCAGCAAAUGCGACUCCUCAGCAAACCAGCAUUAGCUCAUCUCCUCGCGAAUUAUGUUACCAACACCUCCGAGGUUCAGAUAUUCCGAGGGAUCGUGGCCUGGGGGCGCCAUCGCAUCGCUUCGCGGGGCGCCUGCACCGAUGACCUUCGGAAGGAGAUCGAGGCCUUCCUCCCGCACGUGAGGUUCCUCGCCAUGACCACGCAAGAGUUCGUCGAGCAAGUUAUUCCCACGGGCAUCUUCACGCCAUCGGAAGCCUGCGACAUCCUCACCAACAUCACGCAGUCCAAGGAAGCGCCUCUUCCCGAAAUAUGUUGCAAGAUAAGGGACCGGAGGAACUAAGCUUUAUGUGGUGUUGCACUGCAUCAUAAAAGAGGGCGUGGGAGGCCUUGCGCGGCUGCGGGAGAAACAGCAGUUGGAACAGCUAAUUACGGAUGAUCUUACACGGAUGCUCUUUUUCAGAAACGGAUUGAGGAUUUAGUUUUCAAAAAGUUAAAGGAAACGAAGGCAAUUUCUCAUGUUUAUAUACUUUUUCAGGUCACUAUGUUUCUUUGUCAUUACGAUUAAACUAGGAUAUUCUUACAUGUGAACUCAUAGAGGCAUACGACAUUCAUAUGAUUUCUGGGGAAUGUAGUGCACACUAAAGUCAUGCUGCUUU